AUGGAUGAGACGUUAAUUUCCACCAUCAAUAAAUUGCAGGAUGCAUUGGCUCCAUUGGGCGGCGGCUCGUCGUCGCCCGUCGAUUUGCCUCAGAUCACAGUCGUGGGAUCUCAAUCCAGUGGUAAAUCGUCAGUGUUAGAGAACAUUGUCGGAAGAGAUUUCUUGCCUAGAGGUACCGGUAUCGUUACCAGAAGACCAUUGGUGUUGCAGUUGAUUAACCGCAGACCAGGCGUCAACCAGCUGGAUGCCGACAAGUUGAUCACGGUAACCGACAAGGGAGACAAGUCAGAGAACAACUUGGAAGAAUGGGGAGAGUUUUUGCACUUGCCCAACAAACGGUUCUACAACUUUGAGGAGAUCCGUGAGGAGAUUGUGCGGGAAACCGACGCCAAAACUGGCAAGAACUUGGGUAUUUCGCCUGUGCCAAUUAACCUUAGAAUCUAUUCCCCUCAUGUGUUGACUUUGACUUUGGUUGACUUGCCGGGUUUAACCAAGGUGCCUGUGGGAGACCAGCCUAAGGAUAUCGAAAGGCAGAUCAGAGACAUGUUGAUGAAAUACAUCUCCAAGCCAAAUGCCAUUAUUUUGUCUGUGAAUGCCUCCAACACGGAUUUGGCAAACUCAGACGGUUUGAAGUUGGCACGUGAAGUGGAUCCUGAGGGAGCCAGAACCAUUGGUGUUUUGACUAAGGUCGAUUUGAUGGAUGAGGGUACAGAUGUGGUUGAUAUUUUGGCUGGUAGAGUGAUUCCUUUGAGAUUCGGCUACAUUCCUGUGAUCAACAGAGGACAGCGUGACAUUGAAUCCAAGAAGACCAUCCGUGAUGCUUUGCGUGAUGAGGCUGCUUUCUUCGAGAACCAUCCUAGCUACAAGGCCAAGUCCCAGUACUGUGGUACUCCAUACUUGGCCAAGAAGCUUAACAGUAUAUUGUUGCAUCACAUCAAGGGCACAUUGCCUGAUAUCAAGAUGAGAAUUGACCACUCAUUGAAGAAGUACCAGCAGGAGUUGGCUACCUUGGGCCCAGAAUUGGAGGAGAGUCCUACACUGAUUGCUUUGAACAUGAUCACAAACUUCUCCAAGGACUACAACGAGAUCUUGAAUGGUGAAGCUAAGGAAUUGACCUCACAGGAAUUGAGCGGUGGUGCACGUAUCUCGUUCGUGUUUCACGAGAUCUUCAAAAAUGGUGUCAAUGCCAUUGAUCCAUUUGACCAAAUCAAGGAUGCUGACAUCCGUACCAUUAUGCACAACACCUCUGGUUCUGCUCCUUCAUUAUUUGUGGGCACCCAAGCAUUUGAGGUGCUUGUGAAGCAGCAGAUCACGCGGUUGGAGGACCCUUCAUUGAGAUGUGUCAACUUGAUUUUCGACGAGUUGGCCAGAAUCUUGUCACAGAUCAUCAGCCACCCUCAAUAUUCGCGUUACCCUGCUUUGAAGGAGCGUCUUUCACAGUCUUUCCUCCAGUUCUUGCGCGAAGAGUUGGUUCCUACUAACAAAUUCGUUACCGAUAUCAUUUCUGCUGAGGAGACCUACGUCAACACCGCCCACCCAGACUUGUUAAAGGGUUCGCAGGCCAUGGAGAUUGUCGAAGAGAAGUUUCACCCCAAGCCACAAGUUGCAGUUGACCCAAAGACUGGCAAACCAUUGCCUCCUAGCCAGCAGCCACCACCACCAGCCAACUCUAAGGAAGAUUCCAAUGGCUUCUUUGGCGGCUUCUUCUCGUCUAAAAACAAAAAGAGAUUACAGCAGAUGGAGGCCCCACCUCCAGUGUUGCGUGCCACUGGUACGAUGACUGAGCGUGAGCAAAUGGAGACUGAGGUGAUCAAGCUUUUGAUUUCUUCGUACUUCAACAUUGUUAAGAGAACUGUUGCUGACCUCAUCCCCAAGGCUAUUAUGCUGAAGUUGAUCAUCAGAUCAAAGGAUGAGAUUCAAAGAGAAUUGUUGGAGAAGUUGUACAGCUCCAAGGAUUUGGCCGACUUGGUCAAGGAGAACGAGCUCACGGUGCAGAAGAGAAAGGAGUGCUUGAAGAUGGUGGAGGUGUUGAAGAACGCCAGCGAGAUUGUGGCCAGCGUCUAA